GUAGUACUGAAAGGAACGUAGGCUACUCUUGGAAGCCAAACACAUAGAGAAUAGAGUUACUUCUCAAGACUUUCUCUUUUGUGGAAGAGUCAGAUUGUUGAAGUGUCUUUUAUAUUGUAAAGACCAACUCGUCCAACUUACACCGGGAGUGUCCAUGUGUCCAGGGCGCGCAUAACAUUUCUUGAAGUCACAAAGUGGUAAGGAGAGAGAGAACCGCUGCCAUGACUGACUUGAAGAUACGGCGAUAUGAGGAAGAUGAUGACGAGGUGGUCAAGGAGAUUUUCACUAUGGGCAUGAGCGAGCACGUUCCUGCUUCUUUCAUGCACAUGCUCAAGCAGCCCCUGAUGCAGAUGCUAUGCGUUUGUUUGUUCUGCACAUUGAUGGCCACGUCAAAAUCCUUCCUCCUGCCCGUCCUCGCCGUGACGCUGCUCCUCGCUGGGGGUCGGCAGAUGGUCUCUUACCUCUUCAACUGCUACAUCGACGAGUCCAUGAAGCGGGACCUGGACAAGAUUCGGGAGACCUACCUCACCACCCCAAACUCCUGCUUUUGGGUGGGGGAAAUUGACGGGCGCGUCGUGGCCACGGUUGCGUGUUUGCCGGCUGAAAAGCAACCCGAGUGCUUGGAGCUGAAGCGCAUGUCCGUGAGGCGCUCGCACCGUGGACAGGGCAUCGCCAAGGCGUUGUGCCACACAGUCGCUGAGUUUACGCGCUCGCGAGGUUAUCAAGGUGUGGUCCUAUACACCUCUGUGGUACAGACGGACGCUCAGUAUCUGUAUGAGCGAGUUGGAUAUCAGAAAAUGCGACAGUUUGUCAUUCCAGAGUUUUUAGCAAGAAUUUUAAACUUCUCCCUAAUCGAGUACAGACUGAACGUCCAGCCAUCGUCAUAAAAGAACGACGACUUCGCUUUGCCAGUGCGAUGACCUGGGUGUGUGUGUAUGUGUGUAUGUGUGUGUGUGAGAGAGAGAGAGAAAAUAGAGAGAAUGCAAAUACUGUUUAUACAAACCUCAACAAUGUCACAAUUGACCAUUUAGGUAAUAGUAUGGUAGACUACCCAGUUAUAACCAAAGGCUAUGUUUAUGUCAGUUGGAAGGGAAACAAAGAAGUCCUCCUGAGUGAUGUGAGGGGUUAGCGUAUGUCCCAAGACUUCUGGACAGCAAGCAUCUUGAGAUCUUUGUGCAGUGUCCAACUCUGUGUUGAAACUGUUAUUGGAUAAUGACCAUUGUUUUGAUGACCACUUCCUGUUUUAACUAUAUUGGGCUAUAUCAAUUUUGAUUUUUGAUUUCAGAUUGUUGAAAACUAAACACACCUCAAGUUGGUGGUAACCGUCUGCGACAGAAGUGGAAAACUCUGUCUUGUGACUGAUGCACUGUAUGAUUACAUCUUACUUCCCCCAGCUUAGGAAAGGGACUUGCACAACAGAAUGUCUUUUCAAAAAAACAGAACGAAAAAAAUGGUAAAACAAAAAAACAUUUUCUUACGAAUAUGUUAUGUUACUGUAGGCCUACAUUUGUGUGGACUCAUUAGAUUAUGUCUCAUUACAUUGAAGAAAUGUAUUCGCUGACCUUCAUUUGCAUGUUUCUGUGGUAACCACAAAAACAGCAAAGCCAGUCAGCUGAUUAAUUUUGGAACUUAGAAGAGCAGUGUGUCAUUUCACUGGCUCUCAAGCUGAACAUUAACAACCUUUUGCAAUACCUGUGUAUUUGUUUACACUUUUCUAUGGAUAGGUCCUGGCAGUUUGAGAAGGGAGUCUUAAAUCAUGGUUAAUGGUCAGUCAUAGUAUGGGAUUGGGAUUGGAUAACCCCAUUCCUGUUAAUCAUCAAUAACACAUUAGUAACACAUAACACAAGUCUUGUACUCCCAAAUUGGUUAAGUGUGUCAAUCAAGUGAUGUGAUUAAAUUAAUUUAAUGGAAGUAUGUUCAUCAGUUGAUUAAAAGUCAUGAUUGUGUCAAUUGUUUUCUGUAAAACUGUUUGUUCCUAUUUUUAAUCGGUUUCAUUUUAAUAAUAAAAUCUUUAAGGAUGUA